AUGGCGCCAAAUAAAAGAAGUGUCGUUUGGCAAUUCUUUGAUAAAAAUAAAGAUAAUAACAAAGUUAAAUGCAAAUUGUGUUCAUCUGUAUAUAAAGACGUAGGAAAUACUACAACAUUGGUGAAACAUAUAAGGAAAAGACAUUUAGUUCAGUACAGUGAAGCGAUUGGACAAAAUUUACCCAGGGAACUAAAUGAAAAUGUACCUGAACAGAUUUGUACUAAUUCUUUAAUUAGCGGAGCAGAAGCCGGUCAAAUUCAAAACGGUAUCAUUUUGCCGCCAUCACAGAUACGAAAUGUCACAGAGUCCAACGAACCCCCUCCGAAGCGCCCAAAACAAAUGCGUUUAAUUGCUCCUACUAAAAUCAACCAAAAAGUAGGAGAUGAUGCGCUAUUAGAUUUGAUUGUUUUAGAUAUGCAGCCACUACAAAUAGUUGAAAACGAAGGUUUUAAAAAGUAUUCGCUAAGAUUAAAUCCGGAUUAUGUGCUGCCAUCACGAAAAAAGUUGACCCAAAUGCUGGAAGAUAAAUACAAAAUAUGCCGUUCAGAAGUUAUUGGCAAAUUACAAAGUGUGGAACAUAUAGCUCUGACAACUGAUAUAUGGAAUUCAGACAGUCAAAAGAGCUUCAUAAUAUGUGUAACUGCACAUUUUAUAAAUAAUUCAAAACUGCACUCUAUGGUAGUGUCGACGACUGAGCUCUCCCAACAUCACACUGCAUUAAAUAUUGCAAAUGCAUUGCGGACUACAUUAACAGAGUGGGAGAUAUACGAUAAAGUAGUUACGAUUGUAACUGAUAAUUCUUCGAGCAUGAAAAAAGCAGUCAAGGAUUAUUUACAAAAAAGGAACCAUUUCUGUGUCGCACACACACUAAAUCUUGCCGUUAAAGACUGCAUUAGCAAAGAUAGUGAGACGGACCAUAAUAGACAUUUAAAAAAUGCUGCAGUGCUGGAUAUUGUUUCAAAAAGUCGUGCAAUAGUAACCCACUUUAAACAGAGUAUUAAAUCAUCUAAUACACUUAGAGAUAUGCAGAGCCAAAUGAACUUAGAAAUAAUUAAACUAAAACAAGACGUACAAACAAGGUGGAACUCUACUUUCUAUAUGUUUGAAAGAUUGUUAAAAGUCAAAGUUCCUCUAUCCGCUACUUUACCACUUAUUGACUCACCUCCGCCAAACUUAAAUUCAACUGAAUGGCAGAUUCUGGAAGAUUGUGUGGCUAUUUUACAACCAGUGGAAAAAAUCAGCACCGUAUUAUCUGGGGAGUCUUGCCCGACGCAGUCUAUCAUUAUUCCCCUAGUAAGAGGAUUAUAG